UCAUAUCUAAAAGUAUCAGCAGAUUUAUUUUGACUCAUCUACAGGGCAGUCUUCUUAAAAUGAGUACAUCAUAUCUUAACUGUGAAUGAUUUUGAUAUCUAAGUAAGCUACUUAUUUAAAGUGGGAAAGGAAUUGAAUUUGUCGUCGAAAACAGAAUAAAAAUGGAUGUUGGCAAGAUUAUUAUAACGGUGAUGUUGGUUACAAUUUCCAUAGCCUUGGAAACAGAAAUUAAAAAUGCAGUGGAAGUUAAAACACCAUCUGGCUGGGUCAGAGGUUAUGAAGAAAACUUGGAAGAUGGACAGGUCUACAGGUUUAUCAAAAUUCCAUUCGCGCAACCUCCACUGGGAAAACUUCGCUUUCAGAAACCUCAGCCCAUUGGAGAAUGGGAGGGUGUUGAAGGAGUGUCAGAGAAAACUGGUAUGUCUUGCCCACAGUGGAAUUUUCCCAUGCCUGGUUUCGACGACAUGCAACUAGAUGAAGAUUGUCUGCAUCUUAAUAUUUACGUUCCUGGAAAAGUAUCGAAAGAUAGGAAUCUCUCUGUGAUGGUUUGGAUUCAUGGAGGGGGCUUCAUGUUUGGUGGAGCUAAUCAGUACAAACCCCAAAAGUUAGUUUUGGGCGGUGACGUCAUAGUGGUAACAACAAAUUACAGAAUGGGAUUUCUAGGUUUCCUUACACUUCACGAUCCCCUAAUGGCGGGAAAUUAUGGUAUUUGGGACCAAAUCGAGGCUCUGCGUUGGGUUCAAAACAACAUUGCAGCAUUUGGAGGAAAUCCAAACUCUGUCACUAUAUUUGGAGAGUCUGCUGGUGGAAUGGCUGUCAGUCUUCUGACUUUAAUUCCAUCAAACAAGAGUCUGUUCCAACGAGCCAUUUCACAGAGCGGAGUAACGAACUUCUUCACAAUAUCCAAAAAGGAACAGGAGGUACGAAAUGCAGAUUUACUCUUAGAGAGAGUUAACUGUAAAGAUGAGAAAGACGUCUCUGAUAUCCUACGGUGCCUUCAAGAUCUUCCGGUUGAUAACAUAACAAAUGCUGUGACAAUGAUGGACCUGAUGACUCCAAUGAACACAUCCUUUAUAACCGGAGGAUUCACUCCUAGUAUUGACGGCGAGCUCAUAAAGGAACAUUUGGCUUACCCAAAAUCUUCAGAGGCCUCCAUUUACAGUUUCUUUCGCUCCGUGGAUUUCAUGUCUGGAACAUUAAACGGGGAAGGAAAUCUGGUAUACAUGGGCAUAUCACCCCAAAUUCAAGAACAAUUCGAUUUCAACGUCACGGAAAAAAUUCCACUGAGUUAUCUUUGUGAAAUAACUGCACCCACAUUUGUGGAAUUAGCUGUUGGCAAUGUCCCAGAUUUAACGAAGGAAAUCUGCGACUUUUACGCUACCACGGAGAGCGUAGAUGCUCAGAGUAAUAAAGUUUGCGAAUUCACCGGUGACUAUGCGUUCAUAGUACCAAGUAAUAUUAUGCUAUCUAUUCAUUCCAAAAAUAACAAAGUGGCUAAAUCGUUCCAAUAUCUGAUAACAAAAACAAGUCCUAUGCCUUUCGGGGGAGAUCCACCAACUUGGUUUAAGGGCGCUGGACAUGGAGAUGAGCUGUAUCUAAUGUUUGAUUUUGAAAUAUCGGCUCUUUCAGAGGAAAAGUUUAAGAAAAUUAAUAUGGACGAGGUCAAGAAGUUGUCAGACUAUGUUGUCAAAUAUUGGACCAAUUUUGCAAAGUUUGGAAAUCCAAACGGUGAAAAUGUUCCAGAGUGGCCAGCAUAUGACGUCAACACAAAACGAUACGUCAUAAUCGACUCACCAAUCACGACAAGCGAGAAUUUGAAAUCCGAGGCUACAGCGCUGCUGACCAAGAUCAUAGAGCUUGGUGGAAAACGGAUCCAUGACGAAUUAUAGC